UCUUUGAUCAAGGAAAUCACCGCCUUCUAAUAAGGUUUCGAAAAUAUGUCCAGAGGACGCGGUAGUGGUCGAGGCGGUGGAAGGGGUGGCUUUAGAGGCGGUGGUGGUGGAUUCGGUGCAGGAAGCAUGCCUCCUAUGGGUCUCACAUUUGCCGACAUACAAGCUAUGUCCAGGGAAGGAGACGCGUUGUACCCACCAUUGGAUCCUCUGCCAGUUCUCACCGAUUACUCUACAGACGAGAAACGAAUCUGUGAUCUGCAAACCGGUUUCGUUACCCGUUUACGGCAAUCUGCUUACUAUGUGGUCGAAACGUCGAAGUCAAAUGACUUGGAGCGUUAUUCUGAUAAAUAUCGCCAGAGUCCUGCUUCUCAACCUACACUGAAGCGGAAGGACCUUUAUGCACCCUUUUUUCCCUCAGAGAUAUUCGAAGGCUAUUUCAAUCCGAAAAAAAAACGCAAAGUUGAAAAGAAAGGCACCACGAAACGCCUUAAUCUUGAUGACUUAGCGGAGGACGCUGAGGACCAAGAGAAGUCGGGCGAUGAACGCUCAGACGCUGGAUCACAGCCAGUUGACUCCGACUACGACGUCGACGAGGAAUAUGACAAUGAUUAUGCGGAGAACUAUUUCGAUAACGGUGAAGGAGAUGACAUGGACGGUCUUGGAGAUGGUGGUGGUGGAGAUGAUGGCGGUGGCGGAGGCGAUUAUGACUAGGAGAGCACAUUUGUGCACCUCCCUGGUACGAAAGGACCUGCGAUGCAGAGACCUACUUAUAAUCGGCGCUUUCACGGCCCCAUCCUGUUUUGAUGGUGCCGCCUGUGCCCGCCCGACAGCCCCUCUAAAAUGCACAUGUUGUCUUGGACCUGUGCUAGACAGCGUCCUACUCAAGAUCCAAGGGAUAGUCUAGUCUUAAUUUUUCUUUCACCGCAUUGUAUUCCGCAUCAACCACAUUCACAUGUGUACAAUGCAAUACGGAUUUCUUGUUA